UUACAUACUGUAUCUGAUUAAAAGAUGUUUAAAAAUCUUACAAAAAGUCAAAUUAAGGAAGUCAGUGAAGUGAAGUUCUGAAGUAAACUUUCGUCAUACUUUUCAUACUGUUAUCAUUUUUAGUUCAUUUGUAAUUAAUAUUUGUGAAGUGAAAUGACGAUGCAGUCUCUAAGUACACAUUGAACGGCGAUGGGAGAUGUCCGAAUGCUGGUCCAGGAAGAGGGACGAGCUGCCAGGAAUCUGGUGGCUUUCCACGUAGAUCUGGCAUCCCCUGCGCCCAGCAAGACAGUGAACCGUAAGCCUCCAUCUUCACCUCGCCUGCUGAAUGAACCAAGAAUGACAAAAAGAUCAUCUGCAGUUGCCAAAACUGGCUCAAGAGUCCGUUCGGCCUCCACUGGCAGGGACAAAAAAUCUGAGCUGCAGGCUCGCUAUUGGGCAUUCCUGUUUGGUAACUUGGAGAGAGCCGUGGAUGAGAUUUACCAAACUUGUGAGUCUGACGAAAGUGUCACUGAAUGCAAGGAAGUUAUUCUGGUAUUGGAGAACUUCACCAGGGAUUUUCACAACCUGAUAGAGUGGUUCAAAUUAAAAUGGGAAUAUGAGAACACAUCACCCCCUCAGCGACCCACUUCAAUGGCUUGGGAGAUCCGUAAAUCUUCACCUGUAAAGGUGAUGUACUUAACCCGAAUGGAAAGGAUAAUGAAUAAAAGUGACAAGCCAAGUCCAGUAAGAAAGCAGUUGAAUUUCUUUUCUGAUGUGAAAUUAUCGAGUGGAGAAGAGCAAACAGGACCUAGGAGAGCUGUGACUCCAGACAGUGAUCAGAUACUGGCCAACAGAUAUGGCUUGAGUUUUGGAGAUAUCAACCUUAAGGAACAUCUCAGUAAUGGGUCCAACGUCAUUGAAGAAUCAUCUGUUCAUUUAGGAGAUCUUCAGGAUACUGAUAUUGUAGAAGGCAACAAAGAAAACUGUCCUGAAACAUCAGUAGAAAACAAACCUGAUGAUGUGGAGAAUAAAGCUGAAAUAAUUUCAAGUGACCAGUCUUCACAGACAGACGCUCUUCCCUUACAGAACACUAAACUUGCACAGAAAACAACUGCACCAUCUGUAACUAAGAAGCCACCUCCAUUUGUCAAGUCCUUAGGAGGUAGUGCAAGUAAGGCUGUUACUUUAACUCCAUUAGCUGUCAAUAAAUCUGUUCCAGGCGUGUCUGUUCGGAAGACAGUCCCUCUCUCCCCCACCAGUAGUGCGCCACCGAGGAGUGUGAUACCUGGCAGGAACGUGGCAGCUGCUGCCUUUGUGCCGGGCAAGAAACCACUGACGAUUUGCCAAACAAAAAAUAAUCCAGUUACAAGCAAAACAGGCUGCAACAGUCUGAGUAAACCCCAGAACAGUGCGAGUACCACUGAGAAAAUAGCAGUUCUUACUCAGGAGAAUAAUGUGGCUGUAGAUACCAAUAGACUCGCGGAACAGAUUACUUUAGAAAAGGUGAAAGAGGAUGAUUCUUGUAAAAGAUCUAGUGAAGGAACUAUAACUGAUAAAAGUAAUGAUUCUGUAAAAGAAGUUCAAAAAUGUAGCAAUAGUAAGGAAAAAGUAGAUUGCACAGCUAAAGAAGAGGUAGAAAAAUCGGUUAAAAAAAACUCAAUAACAAAGGACAUUAUUAAUGAGGAAGAGAGAGAAAAUUCAAAUAAAAUAAUCGAAACAUCUGUCAAAGAACAUUAUAAAGAUGUUACUGAUACAGAAAAGAAAGGGUCAAAAAGCACAUUGAACAAUGUUAUUGAAUUGGUUCAUGUUAACAGUAGCCAACUGAAAUCAUCCAAAAAUAACGAAGAUGAAGGAACAAACAAAGCAUCUAUAGUUAAUAAUGGUAAGCUGUUCACUAGUGAAAGUAAUUUAGAAGACAGCACAAAAAUAGAUACAAUUAAAGAUGUGGUAGAAAAAACGACAGCUGUAGUAAAUGAAAAGGUUUUAAAACCUGAGAAAUGUGAUAAAAAUGUAAUGACAGACAUUCUAUCAGCUCCUUGUUCACAGCCUAGUGUAGUAAAACAGUCGGUUAGUAAAGUUACCAGUUUUGUUAGGAACAAAACUGUGCCGAACUUCGUGAGGAAAUCAAAUGAAACACUGAGCACAUCUGAUUCUGCUGUCGACCCAGUGAAAACUUUGAGAAGUAGUGCAAUAAGUGCAGCCAAAACAUUACCUGUCAGGAAACAGCCACAUGUAUCCGAUAAUGUAAAUGAAAAGCCAGCAUAUGCUGCAGUUUCUAAAAUAUACAGGAGUAAUACUGCCAUAGAAUUGAGACCGUCUAGAUCUGGAUUUAGUAGAAAUGUGAGUUCAGCACCUAAGAGUAUGACAACUGGAAGACAGAUGUCUUCUCUUCAGAAAGGAAGAGUGUCCUUGGUGAAAAAUCAAACACUGGUAAAGAAUUUUAGUGGUGUUUUCAAAAGUGAACAAAAUCUGAAAAAGAAAAACAGUAUUGAUGAAGAUGGCUGGGAGACAGUUAAGGGAAGAAAUAGAUGGCGUCUCUCACAAAGUUCUGGUAACAUCAAGGCCCGCACGAUGACGGCGAGUUCACGUUUCUACUUGCCUAGUCCGGCGACAUCUCUACCGGCUCUGGCUUUAGCCACUGAGGAGACAGAGACUGACCCCAAGCCGGCCAAGCUGCACAAAGAUAAGCAAAACCAAGAAAUAGCUAAGGCUAACAGAACAACUUUGAGGAAUACAAAAGCAGACGUAGUUGUCAAAACUGCUGUGAAGCCAGAUCCUGUGAAGAAGAGCAAAAGCAAAGAAGAAAUUGGGGACAGAAAGUUGAAGACAUUCGUAAACGAUCGUAAGAGAAUAUCCAAUAUUAGACUCAAAAGUUCAACGUUAAAAAGACAACCGGAAGAAACAGAGAAAUCAAAAUCUAGUGAUAACAAAAUAGACAAAUUUAUGGACAUCUUAUCAUCUGAAGAUGAAAGAAUGAAUGAGGAAGAUCUGAGAAAAAGCAUGGAGCUGUACGAAGAGGAAAAAAUGUUGACUAAAGAAAUACAAGACUUGGAAAAGGCAGAAAUUGAGGUAGACACAGAAACAGAUGAUGCUGAGACAGACAGUGAAGCUACAUUGGGCAAUGAAGAGGAAGACACCAACUGCAGGAUCACUGCUCUUAAAGCAUCUUAUGAGAAUGUUUGUGAUCAAUUGUCCUGGGCUGACCAGAUGGACACCCUGGAGAAGCUUGAAGAGCUGAUGGCAAUGGAUACUAGUGCAAAGGGUUUGCCUAUGUCUGAACGCCUAAACACCCUGGAGCAGCUGGAGGAACUAGUAGCCCGACACCCUGGGCGAGCACUGGAACUUCACCAGAAGUUGUCAUCCCCGUCACGUCGGCGCCCGUUGCCUGACACGAUCCAGCGCCACCAUGCGCGUCAGGCCAGUGCCCACCAGAAGCGGGAGCAGCUGCUGCAUGACAAGAGUGCCAAGAUGAGGGAGCUCUUGAAUAAGGUGGAAGAAGUGAAGAUGGCUCAAGCACAAUUACUGGUAGAACGGAAGAAGAGACUAGCGGAUAAAUUGAAGAGAGCAGAGGAAAAUCGUGCAUCACACCUGCGCAGUAUACAACGCAAAGCUCAUGAUGAGGAGGAGAAGCUGCGUGAGAUCGCCUUCAUCAAUGAGCUAGAGGCACAGAACAAACGGCAUGACUUUAUGGCUUUGUGUCAGGAGCAACAAGAGCGACUUCAAGGUAUUCUGGAGGAGCGACAAAGGAGGCAAGAAGAGAAGGCUGCCAAGGAAGCAGCUGUGGAAGAAAGAAGGCGUAUUUUGGAAGCUGAAAGACAGGAAAAACUAGAAAAAAUGCAAGAGAGAAGAAGGAAAAAAGAGGAGCGUAUUGGACGAGAACAACAAGAGAAAGAGAAAGAAAGACAGGAAUUGGCCAGAGAAAAAGCAAGAGAUCGUGAAGAGCGACUACAAGCACUGCAAGCUGCACAACUAGCAACUGUCGAGGAAUUACAGAAGAAGAUACAACAAAAACAAUUUGAUUCUGCACGCAGACAUGAAGAGAACAUAGAACACAUUAGACAGAGGGCGCUUGAGUCAGGAGCUCUGCGUGGGGCAGCAGAUGAUGAGGCCCCCAGACUCACACCUUACGAUACCCACAAACUGUGUCGUGUUUGCAAUGUCUUGAUUGAAUCCGAAGUGUACCUGCUCAGCCACCUGAGAGGCAAGGCACAUCAGGAAGCAGUUAAAGACAGGGAAGAUUCUGAGGAAGUGAUCACAGAUGCUCCACCAGACAAGAUGGAUGCCAAACUGGCUCAGGACAGGGAACGACAGAGAGCACUUCGAAAACGUUGCAAGAAGAUACGCUCUCGCAUGGCUUUACGAGGAGAGGAGUAUCUAGCGAAGCAAAGUACCUUGGGCACCAAGAAGCUGGAGAGCCCUAAUAAAGGGAGGCUGUUUAAGUGUCUGAAGGAUGUGGACAAACUACACAGUAGUCAGGGGGUUGGCCAGUGGCCCAACAAUGCUAUCACCCUACUGGAGCGGAAUCUUGGUGAGAUCAAUCGGAUACUGGAGAAACAGAAUACUCUGGACCAAAAAGUGUUUAGAAAUCUGAAUGGAUUUACUACGCUCUCCAAUAUUCUUAACCUGGCUUUAGACAUUCCAAAGAACAUGAGCCCUUACCUUCCACCAAAAUGUUUUCUGACUACAUGUACUGUGUACAAUCUGGCUUGCACAAACAAUCCAGACAACUCCAGGUUUGUCUUCUUCACCAACAAGAUAGCCCUGGUGCUUGAUCUCCUGCUCAACAGGCUCAAUGCUCUUAUAACUGAUGACUACAAAGCAUCAAAUAAAUCCUCCACUAAUCUGCCUGUGGACCCUGUCGCUGGAGCAUUGAUGAAGCUGUUUGCCCUGAUACUGUCUCACUCUCAGGAAAAUGUCACUGGUGACUUACCAGACAUGGGACCAAGAUUGCAGGAUAUCAUCAGCUACACUGUGAGUGUUGGUGUGGUGGACAAGUUGGCACUAUACUGCAGCAGUGUACGAGACCCAAUAGAUAACAACCCGCAGGCUGCUGCAUUCCUGCUCAGUGCCAUUCUACUGCUCACCACUCUUGCGCAGACCAGGUGUGGACUGGCGAGAGGUGACCCCACCCAGCUGGUGGCUACGCUGAGAGUGACAGAGCUGGUGGGUGGAGUGUCCAUGCUGUACGGGAUGUUGCUGCACCAGGGUGCCCCUGCAAGGGAUGUGGCCUCACCUCUACCACCUCUCCCUCACCACACUAUCACUGUCACCAAGGCUACACUUCAGCUGCUCAGGGCGGUUGCUCAUCUCGACCUUCAAAUGUUCCAGAGUGUACUGGGAGCUGAAGGCAUGUCACUCCAGUUGCGGCACAUCGCCAGCUACCUGCUAUGGUACUGCUGUCAAGCGGAUGAGCGAGAUCUUCUCCAUCAGGUCAUUGAAGUUGUCGGCUACUUCGCUGUCAUGCAUCAUGACAACCAGAUGAUGCUGCAGUCAGGUCACAUGCCAACGGUCCUUCAGCAACUUUGUAACCUUCCCUUUGAGUACUUCAGUGACCCCUCACUCUCCUGUCAGCUGUUCCCUACUUUACUGGCCUGUUGCCAUGGCAACGCUGAGAACAGGGUGAUACUAGAGCAAGAGCUCAGCUACGAGUUGCUUGAAGACUUCAGAAAGUCCGAAGCGGCAAGCACCAAUUCACUUAUCCAGCUUUUGAAGUAAAAAGUGAAAUUAUUUCUAAGUUCUAUUUUGUUUUUGUAUUCAAAUUGGUUAAUCUGUUGUUGCUUUUUCACUGUGUUUAAUAUUGUUAUUUUCUUUUACUUUUUAUUUACUGCAUCGCAACAAUUCCAUUGCAACUUUAACACCAACUGUUGUACUUACUUUUUGGCUGUGAUUUUAAAAAUCCACAAGCUAGCAAUAUUUUUUAAUUUUUCUAGUCUUUUUUUACAACAACUUUAUUUUUGCAAAGCAAUUGUAUAUUUUUAGAUAGAGUGUAUGUUUAAGAUGUAAUUGAUUAUAUUAAUGUAGGUUUAUGGCAGUGAUUAAACAUAAUUGCAAUAAAAAUACUGUUUUGCUGUGACAUGUAAGAAUUGUUCUCAAAUAUAAAACCUUACUAUAUACUAAACUUUUUGGACAAAUAACAAAAAUAUUUUAGUUCUCUUUAGUGUGCAUGAUUGUUGUUGUGAAAACUGAAUAAUAUGUUAGUUUUUAUAAAACAAUUCUGAAACACAAUGUGGACUGUGAAUGUGAUAUAAUAUUUGUAAUUAGAUUCCAUAACACAUUGAAUGUUAUUUAUGUUACUUUCAUUUAGUAUUAAGAUAUUUGUAGUAUUAUUACCAGAUCUAUGAUAACAUAUCAAUAAAAGGUUCUUACAAUGUGGUGCUUUUUAAA